AAUAUAUGAUAACAUAUUGUUAGUCUAAGUUUAAGGUAAGACCAAAAAAUAAUAAAUUAAAUGAAAGGGUCCAAACAAUUUUUAUAGGUAGAUUUUUUAAGAUUCCUUCUUUUUUAAUAGUAUUGAUGAGUUUUUGAUCCGCGUUUUGAAAGCGCGAGUUUUUCUUUGGAUUAUAUACAAAAUUUGUGAAUUAAUAUUUUGAAAAUGUUGUAAAUUAUUAUGUUACAAAAUCAUAUGAUGUCAAAAGAAAUAAUUUAUUUAAAUUAUAUAAUUCAUGAAUUAAUUUAUUUAAGAUUUUGUAUGUAUUCUUUUUUUGUUCAAAUAUAUGUACACUCUUAUAUAACUCUCUCUUAGGUAUGAACAUUUUACCAAACCUGUAAGUUGUUAAAAUGCUUUGAUGAAAACAUUAAUUUGUUAUAUUUUUGUGAUGAAAACACUGACUCAUUUAAAUAAUAGAUAUCUAAUAUAUGGUUCAUUAAAGUCUUGUUAUAUGAGGUAUAAUGUUGGUUUAUAAUAAUUUGAUACCAUCAUUCGAUACAAACAUAUUAUAUAAACAUUACUAAUAGAACAAUGGUUCAUACAAAACCUAGGUACAUAUUUAAAAGGCUAUAGGUCAACAAUUUAGAUUAUAAUAUUUAAAGUCAAUAAACAAUAAUAUGUUUUAUUUAAAUGUAGGAGAUUUUUAUUUGGUUGCUAUAAAAUAGGUUGGUUAUAAGAUUUAGUUAUAUAUAAUAGGUUGGACUAAAAAAUGAAAGAGUCCAAACAACUUUUAUAAGUAGAUUUAUUAAGACUGAUUCCCUUUUAAUAGAAUAGAUUUAGAAGAUUUGAACAAUCCAACGGCUUAAAUAAUAAGUUAGAGGCUUUGUGAAAGACCAGUUAAUGGGCCUUAACCCUCAACUUAUUGGCUCAAUGAAAGAGCACGUAUAUUGGGAUUGAAUUUAUUUUUCUCAUCUUGCGGAGGAUGUAAUAUUCUCAUCACCUACAAGCCCAAACCUGGACGCGCGCGGAGAUACAAACGAAAUGGUCGAGCAAGGGUUCGUCCUUCUGAUCAGAUAGAGUCGUAUUCCGCCGUAUUUCUGCGACAACUAUAGGCCUUCAUGGUCUUUCUUUCUACACAAGAAUUAUUUUCAACUUCUUUUUCGUAAAAGAUUAUACAUUUGGAGUUUGUUGGCUUGUGCGAUUGUUUUUUUUUUUCUGUGGUUGAAUCAGUAUCCACUAUGAUACCUAGAUUAUUUUCCACGCAAUGUUUAGAUGGAACUUGACGUGAUCACGAUGAAUAUAUCAAAUAAUUGUAAGUUUAUGCUUUAAUAUUUGUUAUUUAUGUAUAAGCAUUUGGUAGUACCACUGCAAUAGUUGUCAUUGUGUAGGACUAGGAACUUUGUUUUGUUACAGCUUACAAGUAACCAAGCUGAUUCAAUUUCUUUUAGGGUACUAUUUGAGAAGAAGUUUUGUAUAGUUAUAUAACUAUUUGUCUGUAAAGUGAUUUAUCUGGAAAAGGAUAGAUAGUUGACGAAAAAUGACAAGUCGGGUGCUAACUCGCCGUAUCAUAAAAACCUAUGUUUGACAAUUUAGUUGUUGUCAAGCUAUCUAAUCUAUUUAUCUGGUGUUAAAAAAAAGUUGUUGUCAAGCUAGCACCACAUAUCGAAGAAUUUUGCUUAGAGAUCAGACACCUCUGACUUUCACUACUUCUGUUCUUUCAUUUCUGUUAUCAUAUCAAAAAAAGCUCAUCAUGUGUUUCAUGUGAUAGGACUUUUCCAAACAUGUUCACUCCAUGAUUGCAAAUGCUCGAUUUCGUUGACAUUAUGGAUUCACAUUUGUAUCCGAUGAUGUGAUAUGAUACUUGUGCCGUUCAGCUAGCUUAAACUCUUGGAAAUUGUAGUGUAGGGAACAAGUGUGAGGAAUAUAUGCACCGCUUUAGAUUCUUAAGACUCAAAAAUAUUUGAACCAAAGCGAACCUUUUUGGCUACAAAUUAUUUUCUAAAUAAAUAAACAUGUUGUAAUAUAAUUAAGUGCAUAACAUUAGAUUAAGAAGGCUGUCAUGUCAAAAUUAGGACAACUUUUCUCCAUUCCUCCUUUAAUCUUUAAAGCUUAUCUCUUUCUUUCUUAAAGUUAGGCCGUCCAAAGGAGAAUUAUGCCUUAAUCUAUUCCAAUAUAUAUCUUUCUUUCCGUCUUUUCUACUUCUAUUCGUUUUUUUUUUCACAUGGUCACACCGCGAGAAUAAAGAUGAGUAUUUUGAUUGCUCAGAAAGUUAAAAAAAAAAAAAAAAUGGGAUCCCCUUUUGAGUAGAUAAUCCCAUAAUUUGCUUUUAUUACUUGAUUUGGUGAUAAGACUGCCUUAUUUUGAAAUUGUUUAACAAUAUUCGAGGCUCUAUUGUAUGUCCAUAUAACUUCCUGGGAAAAUGUUUGAUUUGGUAUAAACCUGGGAAAGUCAUGCAUGCAGAAGUUCAGAACACGUAUGACCUUUACGUUUCAUCCAAAUUCAAAAUCAGUUUCAGUGUCACUUAAGACAAGCAAUACCCUAGUUUAAAAAAAAAAAAAAAUUGAUGCAUAACACUUCUGCUGAAGGCCAAACUAUUCAAAAGUUGAUAUAAAAUUAACUAAAAGCUUUAUCAAGUGGAAUGGAUAGACUGAUCGAAUUUACUAACAUAUAUAAGUGCUUAAGAAUCAUAUGGGGUCUGGUCUUGGUUAAAGCAUUCACAUUUUGACUAUCCUGUCACACACUUUCUUGAGGAUUCGGUUUAUACAGACGAUUUUCUUUUUGGUGUGACUGAGGUUGAAUGUUUUUUUGUUGGAGCAAAGCAAUUUUAAUUAGAGGAAAAAGUUUGGUUGGGGUGUGCCAGAAGAAACUAUCUAUAUUCCUUUGCUUUCUUUCGUUCAAAACACUUUUGCAUUCAAAUGAUUUUGGUCUGAACUUUGUAUGUCUUUUGGUCUAAGCUCACAACAAAGCCCUUUCUUUUUUUCCCUAAUAAAUGCGAACAGCGUGGAAAGAAUAAUUGCCAGUUUCAGUUUAACAUGUAACAAGCACAAUACUCGGUAAGUGAUUUUUAAAAUCUGAUGCAAAAUAUUAUGUGUUGCUUUGUAAAAGGCCAAACUCAUCAAAAGUUGAUGGCUAAAUUGGCUAAAUCUUUAGCAAGUGGGCUGGAUAGACGGGUUGAUUUCACAUUAUGUUCUUCUCGUUAACGCAAGCGCUUUAGAAUCUGGGGUCUGGUCCUCGUUAAAGACUUAAAGCAGUUCACAUUUGACUGUUGUGGUCAUAAACUUUCUCGAAAAGAUUGGUUUGCGCAAUAUUUUUUUUCUUUUGUGAUAGAGUUUAAAUCUUUCAGUUCGGGCAAACACAAUUAGCUAAUUGUAUUAAAGGAGUAAAGGGUUGAUUGAGUGCGCCUGAGGCAACCAUCUAAUUCCUUUGCUCUCAUCAUUCCAAAUUAAACACUUUUGCAUUUAAAUGAUUUUGGUCUCCCUUUGGAUCUCUUUUGGGUCUAAGCUAAUGAACACAUCCCAUUUCCUCAACUUUUUCUGUCUUAUAAACAGUUAAUGAGUUUGUGUUUGUUCUCACAACUCUUCUAUUUUUUCUGUCACAAACAUUUAUCUACGCCUAUGUAACCUCAUGAAAACCUCGAAAAUUUCAUCAAAGAGACUUUAGAAAACUAAAUGAUCUAUACGUAAUCUUAUACGUAAGCAAGUUUAUAAUAUUUAUUUAUCCCAUUAACGUUUAUGAUAAAUAGAAGAAAUAAAACCUCUUUUUUUCUUUUUUAUUUUGUGUGUGACCUAACGUACACAAUAAUUAUCUCAUAUUAUCUUCCAGAAAAAAACCAUAUAAUCAUGUUUGAAUUUCAAAAUGGUCACUUGCUUUUCCUGAAUAAUGAUUCUAGGAUCAUUUCUGUCUUUGUUCUAUGGCACAACAUACAUUUACGUUUUUCUCAUUUUGAAUAAUGAUGCUUUACCUUCUUUUGUAGAAGCAUUGGGAGAGGAAGUAAGUGUAGUAGAACUUGUUGCAGGGAAUAGUGGCUUUCAGGUUAAGGCUUACAUAAAACAAGUAAAAAAAUUGUAAAAAAAAAAGAUGAUUGGGGAAUGAAAGGAAGAUUUCUUGUUUCUUGUGAGGAUAUUGUAAUUUUAUACUUGUAUUCUUCAGUUUCCAUCAUAAGAAGAGAUCAUAUAUUUACUAUUUUAUUAGUCUUUUAGGAUAUCUAUGGUGGGAAUAUAGCUUAUAUGAUUCUGUUACCAAAGUAUAUAAGUCUUAUUGAAGAUUCCUAGGCAAGUUGAAUGGUGGUGCAUUUUCUCUCUUCUUUCUAUGAAGUGGCAUGCUUCAUGUGUUAGAAAGAGAUGUUUUCAUCAAAGUAGAAGUAUAAUAGGUAAACCUCUCUAUCUCCUUUCUCUCUAACCUCAUUUCUUUUUCAAAAAAGGUAUAAUAGGUAAAGCUCCUUGUACCAAUUACUGCAAUGAUCUCAUGUUUGAAUAAUUCAUACUCGGAAUCAAUUCUUUUUGUUCAUAGAUUUAAGCAAUUCCUAAUCGCUUUAUAUUAUGGGGCCUUCAUUGAAUAUUUGCGGUGAUUUGAUUUUAAAUGGAGUUUUAGAUAAUUUCAAUAUAACAUUUGAGGUGAUUUGAUUUUUAAUGGAGUUUUAGAUGAUUUCAAUAAGUUGCAGAGAUUUAGGUGAGUUUUGUUAAACCACUCUACAACAUAACCUAAAACCCAUUUUCUAAAAAUCGGCCGCCUAGCCGCCUAAGCAGCCGCCUGUGCACUACAUGUCACUCUUCUGCCCCGAUUUAUGCCAAAUCGGUUUAAAAAUCGGAUAUCUGAUUUUUUCUGCCUAGCCGUCUAGGUGGCCGCCUAAUCUAUUUUUUAAUAUAUUUUUUUAUUUUAUUUUUAUUUAUUUAUUUGAUCUAAAAUUUUAUAAGUAUCAUUUAUAUUCAUAAUUUUGAUGAAAAUUACACUAUAUUAAGUUUAUAUAUUCUAUUUGUGUGUUUUUUACAAUUUUAAACAUGAAAAUGUAUUAAUGUUAUACUCAAUUAAAGAAUAACAUGUUUUAUAACAUAGUAAACAAUCUAAAAAUUAUGCCCCACAUAAUUUCUGAUUAAUCCCCGAUUUUCUCUUUAGGCGCUAGGCCCAACUCUACCGCCCGACUAGCGCCUAGCGCGUUCCCGAACAUGGCCUAAAACUAUGAGAUUUAGAUUUUAAUUUUUUAACUAAGAAACUCUACCCAAACAUCCUAAAAUCACCUGAAAACAUUAAAACUCCACAACUUAAAAUAUUUUCAAUAACAGUAGAUUUUAGAGUACUCUACGAAAUGUUAAGUUUAAUAACAGUGGAUUGUAAAUGAGUUUUUAAAAUUCAUGUUUGAAUAACAGUGAAUUUGUCAUUUUAAUACAAAUCACCUAAAACUCUUAGUUAAUACGUCCCAUAAAUGAAUUUGUGUUUUUUUCUCAAUGGAUUCUUGAAAGAUUUGAUAGGCAUCUGCAUCUGUUUAAAUUUUUUUGCGUAUAUAACUAGUGUUAUCAAGUUAAGCUAUAAAAUCAUAAAUUACAUUUUGGUUAGUGAUCCGAGAAUCAAACAUUUCUUAUCUCUUAAUUAUGUUCCAGUUAUAAAAUACUGCGUCCAGUUCUGCUUCUAUGAAUAAAUAUAUGCUGUUUUCUUGAAUACCCUGUUUAUUAUUAUUUCGAUUUGGGCGUGAGUUCCUGUAACUGACUGAAACUUUGAUUUCAUUAGGCACAUGAAAAUGAUUGGUCGUGUUGAUAGCAGAUACAAUCAAAGACUGUCCCCACCAAGAGACUGGCUUGUGCGCUUUCUUUUAAUACUUUUCUUGUUCAAAACAUCUUCGUUUCUCUUCUCUUUCGUUUAUAAAAUGAAAGUUAUGGUCCAAAAGCCACACACUUUUAUGAAAUUAACGAAAGCUAAUGAUGUCUGUGAUGGGUCAGAUAGUUUGAUUAGCGCUUUAGUGUUUUUAGGGGUUGAGUUUCUAAAUAUCAUACAAAAAUAAUUAAAUUCAAAGACCAGGGUAGUGAUCCUUGUGUUGUUUUGUGUUUCUUGCCCCUAAGAGUUAGAAUGGUAAAAAAUGAUUAUGCUUGAUAGUAUUUGGAAAUUAAAGUACGAAUUUCAAUAUCAUUUCAGAUGUGUAAUAUGCUGAGAAAACAUAGUCUUGAACGUUUUUCUUUUCCAAAAUUUGAUAGGCUGAAACAUAUAUAAUUGGUUACUAGUCAGUAGUCUAAUCAAUAUUGUUCAUCAAGCAAGUGACUUGUGAUUAUCUUUUGGAACAGAAUUUGGUAUUUCAUUUUUCUUGUUUACUGAUAACUUCUGUUACUUGGCAAUGAGACUGUAAAUCUACUCAUAUACAGUCUUAAGGAAUACAUGUUAACGUUUAAUAAACUAUGUUGUUUGAGUAAAACCAAAAAUAUUGUUAAUAAAAACUAUACUUAUAAUGCGUUCCAAAAAAAACUAUGCUUUUUUGACACAUAGUUGGCUAAAAAAAGCACAUAUAUAUAUAUAUACAUACACAAAUCUGUUCAUUCCCAUGUUUUGGUGGCUCCUAUGUUGUAUCUUACAUGUGAUGCUGAGUUUAGGUUACGUGACUGGAUCUAGAUUACGAGACUGUUGUCUGAAAAGGUGUUGGGACUUGGCUAGAGUAGCUUAAGGUGCUAAAGGAGAAACUGAUUAUAUCUCAAAUAUUUUCUUCAAGUGUUAUUGGGGAUAUUAUUUAAUAUUUAUGUAUCAUAUAAAUGAAUGAUGAUUUGCAUCUUUAAUUAGGUUCUUUCUAAUAAGUGAUGACACUUUGCAGAAAAGAGAGAGACCCACUAAGCUGCAGUGCCCAUUACAUCUUUUUUGUGAAAUUUGUGAAAGAAAAGAAUAUAAGGGCAAAGCUGAGUUACCUUUGCCUUUUGAUACUGCUUUGUCAUCACAUGCAUUCCACUUUGGACCCUCAAAGAACUCCCCAAAUUUUGCCUCUAUCACAAGACAAGCCUACACAUUUCCUCUUCCCUCAUAUAUUUGACUACCAAACACUUCUCUUUCUCUCCCUCUUUCUUUUCACCUCUUCCCUUGAACUCUCUCUCUCUUUCCUUACUCUGCUAUUAGGUUUAAUAAUCAGCCCCACAUCCAUAUAUAACACAGUUAAUAGAUCCUUCUUCUUUGGGUGCUUUCAUUAUCUAAGAUAAAUGGAAUGAAACUAUACCCUUGAAGCCUUUACCAUAGACCUCUCGCUUCUCAGUGCUAGCUAGUACUACCUCCAUUUGGUGUUCCUAAUUAAGGCUGUCACCAUGAGAGCUGUAGGAUGCACGGUGGAGCAAGCCCUCACGCCUGAAGCUGCAAACGUGGUGAAACAAUCAAUGGGCUUGGCUAGAAGGAGAGGGCAUGCUCAGGUCACCCCUCUCCAUGUGGCUAGCACCAUGCUCUCUGCUCCAACGGGUUUACUUAGAACAGCUUGUCUCCAGUCUCACACGCACCCUCUUCAAUGCAGAGCCCUAGAGCUCUGCUUCAACGUGGCUCUAAACCGCCUCCCAACCUCCACGGGAAGUCCUAUGUUAGGGAUUCAAACUUCCCAUUUCCCUUCUAUCUCUAACGCUCUCGGUGCAGCUUUCAAACGCGCGCAGGCUCACCAGCGGCGUGGAACCAUCGAGAGCCAGCAGCAGUCGAUCUUAGCAGUCAAGAUUGAAGUGGAGCAGCUCGUAAUAUCCAUCCUCGAUGAUCCUAGCGUGAGUAGAGUGAUGAGAGAAGCUGGUUUCUCGAGUCCUCAAGUGAAGAGCAAAGUCGAGCAAGCUGUUUCUUUAGAGAGUUCCUCGAAAACAAUAUCCACGAGUAAACCCAAAGAAGGACAUGAGUUGUUAACUCCUGUCGGGGACGAGGAUGUCAUGAACGUUAUAGAAAAUCUAGUCGACAAAAGGAAGAGGAACUUCGUGAUCGUGGGAGAGUGUUUAGCCACUGUUGACAAAGUUGUGAGAACGGUGAUGGAGAAAGUUGAUAAAAAGGACGUGCCCGAAGCUUUAAAAGACGUUAAGUUUAUAACGUUAUCGUUUUCAUCGUUCGGACAACCUAGUAGAUCCGACGUGGAGCAUAAGCUAAAGGAGUUGGAGACACUCGUGAGGACCUGUGUCGGAAAAGGAGUGAUUCUAAAUCUUGGUGACUUAAACUGGUUCGUAGAGUCUAGAACAAAAAGUUCUUUGAUGUGUAACAAUAAUAAGGGCAACUACUGUGCUGUGGAGCAUAUGAUAGUGGAGAUUGGGAAGCUGGCUCGUGGGUUGCUCAUGGGAGAUCAUGGAAGGUUUUGGUUAAUGGGUCUUGCGACUUCACAGACUUACGUGAGAUGCAAGUCUGGUCAACCCUCGCUCGAGUCCCUUUGGUGUCUCACCACUCUCACUAUUCCCACGACUAGUAGUAGCCUCCGGUUGAGUCUUGUCUCCGAGAGGGAGGUUGAAGUCAAGAAAUCAGAGAGCUUACCUCUGCAGCUGCAUUCAUCAGAGGAUCAGCUCAGUUUCUGUGAGGAGUGUUCUAUCAAAUUCGAAGAAGAAGCUCGGUUCUUGCGAUGCAGGAAUAACAACGGCAGUGUAAACACUGCCGUUUUACCGGCGUGGCUUCAGCAAUACAAAAAGGAGAAUCAAAAUAGUCACAAUGAUUCAGAUUCUAUGAAAGAACUUGUGGUUAAGUGGAAAAAAAUAUGCGAUUCAAUCCACAAUAGACCAUCCUUAAAAACACUCACACUAUCUUCUUCCUUUUCUGGUUCCACUCAACCUUCUAGUACUCUGCAUCAUCUUCAAACCAAUGGUGAUUCCGUGGCCCCUGAUGCAUUCCCCUUAAGAGUGUUCCUUCCAGAGCUUCUCUCUCCGAAUCCUAACUCAAGAGUUAACUCAGAAGCUUCUUCAAGCGAUGGAAUGGAGGUGGAACAUGCCUCUUCUAGGUUUAAAGAAAUGAAUGCUGAAAACCUAGCAGUAUUAUGUGAUGCCUUGCAUAGCAAGGUACCAUGGCAGAAGGAUAUAAUCUCAGAGAUAUCGAAAACAGUCUUGAAAUGCAGAUCAGGCUCGAGUACGAGAACAAUCAACGGAGACAAAGAUGUAAAAGAAGAUACAUGGAUGCUCUUUCAAGGUCUUGAUGUAGAGGCUAAAGAGAAGAUCGCUAGAGAAUUGGCUAAACUCGUGUUUGGUUCGCAAGACAGCUUUGUCUCGAUCUGUUUGAGCAGUUUCUCGUCGAAAGAUUUGAGGAACAAGAGGUCGAGAGAUGAACAGAACUGGAGUUACAUAGAGAGAUUCUCUGAAGCUGUUUGGUCUGAUCCAAACAGAGUGUUCUUAGUGGAAGAUAUAGAGCAAGCUGACUAUUUAUCUCAAAAGGGUUUCAAGAGAGCCAUUGAGAGAGGAAGAGUUCGUAGUUUGAGUGGGGAAGAAGCUUCGCUUAGAGAUGCUAUUGUGAUCUUGAGCUGUGAAAGAUUCAGCUCAAGAUCAAGAGCUUGUUCUCCUCCGGUUAAUGAGAAAUCGGACGGUUCAGAUCAGUCUGAGGACAAGAACGUAGUUACUUGCGUCGCAUUGGAUCUUAACCUCUCUCUUGACGAUGAAGUUUGCGAAGAGGAGUCGUGUGAUGAGAUUAGCUUGCUUGAAGCUGUGGAUGCACGGUUUGAUUUUAAGUGUUCAUCAACAUAACAUCAUGCACGUGUGCAUGCAUACAACGUGGCCCAGUUUAUGAACACACGAACAUCAUCAAAUCGAGUACAUCAUGCGUUAUUUGUUUCCGUAGAAUUUAUCUUUCACUGGGACAAUACUUUGGGUAAAACGUGUAGUUGUAGGAAAAAAAUUAUUUGGCUUAGGAAAUUUCUAGAAGGAUAUGGGAAGCUGGAUAAUUUCUUUCAUCUUUUUUGUUUAAUGUAAAAUUUUCAUAUUACGGUCGUAUAAUAUAUGUUCUCAGGAAAAAUGUUGGAAAGCUGCAGAAAAGGAAAAAAAUUUGUUGACAUUUAAUUUGGAUUGAACGGAAUUAAACCAAGCUUUAUGAAUUUGUCGAUA